AUGGAGCUCUGGCUCUGGGCGCAAAGGGGUUCCAAGAAGGUCGUCGUUUGCGGUGGCUCGGAGUUCCGGCGUGCUGCCAACGUCAAGCUCAUUUGCAAUCGCUACAACACCCCGUUCGAGGAAGAGUUUGGAGAUGCAGAAUCUGCCAUCGAUAAAAGGCUCGAGGAGAAAGGAAUGAGGUUUGAUAAGAACGGCGGUCUCGUUGGUUGA